CUGCAUGUUUUAUUAUUUGUUUAUUUUUUAAUGUAGACAACAUUAUUUUAUUUCACUUUAUUUUUUGCACUUGCAGCCAAUGUUUUUGUACCCGGCCCGGUGGCUGACCCGUUUUGGCCACCGGGUCUGGUUCAACCGGUUGAACCAGUUCACCCGAUCGGUUCAACUGUGGAAGGAGAGGAAGGGCAGCGACGAAAGGCUGAGAUCCGGGGAAGCAGUUGUGAAGUCGCGACGGCUAAGAUCGGGGAGGCAGUUGGCUGCCGAGACAAAGGACUGGAAGCCGCAGACGGAGGCCACGAGCGACCAGCAGGUUUGCCAUUUUUGGCUGAGAUCCUGGGAGGCAGCUAUGGAGUCGCCGACGACUGAGAUCGCAGAGGCAGUUGGCCACCGAGACAAAGGACUGCAAGCCACAGAUGGAGGCCACGAGCGACCAGCAGGUUCGCGAUUUCUAGCUGAGAUCGGGCAGGGAAAGGCUGGCGGUGGUGAUUGGUGUGUGGUUGUGGUGGUCUGGUGGUGCUGUUCUUCUCUUCCUCUGCUCUCUUUUGUUUCUAAUUUCUCUUGGGUUUGCUUUUGCAAUUUGCAGUGAAAUAGCAAAUAGGAAGAUCUAAUCCUCUGAGAGUUUUGUUUUUUUAAUUGAUGUGCGAUUUUAAUUUUUAAUUAAAGUUAAUGGUGUGG